GCGCCACCCAAGGAGCCAGCCUUGAUGUGCCGGUCGAACAAUUACCCCAGCGGCUUCUACUGCAGUUGGCACCUGCCCAUCCCAACAUACAUUCCAGACACCUUCAACAUCACCGUAAUGCACGACUCCAAGGAGAUUGUGUGCGAUAUGGACGUGUCCCUCAAGAACAGGUGCUACAUCCGGUACCUUCACCUUUUCUCCAGCAAGAAGUACAAGGUGACUUUGACGGUCACGAACGCUCUGGGCAGCAGCUCCACCUCCAUCUCUUUCGACGAGUUCGCGAUAGUAAAGCCGGACCCUCCAGAGAACGUGGUGGCUAAGCCCAUCCCCAACAACGCCCGGAGGCUGCUGGUGACAUGGCAGUACCCUUCCUCGUGGCCCGAUCCAGAUUCCUUCCCCCUCAAAUUCUUCCUGAGGUACCGACCGCUCAUCAUUGACCAGUGGCAACACGUGGAGCUGUCGGAUGGGACGACCCACAUCAUCACCGACGCCUACGCGGGCAAGGAGUACAUCAUCCAGGUGGCAGCCAAGGACAACGAGAUUGGCACGUGGAGCGACUGGAGCGUGGCCGUGCAUGCCACGCCCUGGACCGAGGAGCCCAAGCAUCUCACCACGGAAGCCCAGGGAGCAGAGACAACGACCACCAGCACCUCAGCGUUUGUGGUCCCCACCACCAGCCGCAUUGGGAACUCUGAGGAACAAGGCAGCGAUGGAGCCGUCGCCCUGUCCUGGGUGCCUGGUCUGCUACUGGUGGCCUUUAGCAUCCACUUUAUUUAACUCGGCCUCAGAGCCCCGCUGAGGGGUCACCGACUCACCGGAACGUCUGUCUUUGCUUCUGUUUUGCACAUGGUCUGAAGGACGUGUUCCGUUUCUCUUCAUCGCUGCACUUCCCGGAAGGCCAAGCCCCCCCCAAAAAAAAAAGAUCUGAGGGGGCCCAGGCUCUCUGUCCACCCAUCCGCCUGUCACCCAACCAACCACAAACUUUCCUGGCCUUUGCAAAGCUGCCUGAGUAAACCUUCAAAAGGACAGAGGA